AUGCUGGUUAUGUUAGGCUCUAGUUUCCUGCACCCUGGGCAAGAGCCUUUUCAUGGUAGCAUUGCUGAUUCAUCACACUGGAUCUCAAGUGGCAGUGGGUAUAGGUGGGAGCUAGGUCCCGCGCUUUCCCUCAACGUUAUGAUUGCGAGUCCAACGCACACGCACUCCGAUUCCGGCGUCCGACAGACGACUUCAGCGGUCCCCGAACGAGCGCGACUAGUGACGCUCAGUAAAGGGAGCUCUAGCACAGGCUGGUGUGUUUCUCGUCGCAACAUUACUUGCGAGCACGUCGCGUUCGUCGCCGUAUCCAAACCCAUGAACGAGCACGAUGAAACACAGCGCACGGAAGUAGAUAUUCAUACCACGCAGGCUGCAGUGCUUUCAAGCCUCAAUCAUCGCAAGCAGCUGGCUUCGCUCAUGGCAGGUGGCUUCGCUGGCACCUUUGCUUCCACGAUUACGUGCCCACUCGAAGUCAUCAAAACAAAGCUUCAAUCGAUUUCGUCCGUAGGGAGCGGAGGAAAGCACGCCACCUUUCUCUCCGUGGCGAGAAAUAUUGCGCGCCAGGAGGGCGUUCGUGGAUUUUUCCGGGGCCUGUUGCCGACAUGGGUCGGUAUCCUGCCGGCGCGUGCCACCUACUUCUGGGCAUACUCUACCACGAAAUCAGUAUUGGCGCACGUUUUCGGGGAGUCAGAUGCACGAACCCAUGUGGCAUCUGCGGCGAUGGCGGGCGUGGUAUCGAAUGCCCUCACGAACCCCAUAUGGAUGGUCAAGACGCGUAUGCAGCUCGAUACCGGUGGAUCCAAUGGGUUUCAUUACCGGGGCUAUGGUGACGCGUGCCGGCGCAUUCUGGCCGAGGAAGGUAUCGCAGGCUUCUACAAGGGACUCACUGCGAGUUUCUGGGGCGUUUCUGAGGGCGCCAUCCAUUUUUUGGUUUAUGAGCGUUUGAAGAAAUUUCUCCAGCAACGUCAACGGGCGAAGCUCGAUGAGGGCGUCGAUCAACAUGAAGCCGACAAGCUUCCUGCCGUGCAGUACCUUCUGGCCGCGGGCUUCAGUAAGCUCGUAGCGAGCACCCUCACCUACCCACACGAAGUCGUGCGAACGCGUCUCAGAGAGCAACGGCCCGUCUAUCCGGGGGGCCCCCUCAAAUAUCGAUCCGUGCCGCACGCCUUAUGGGUCAUAGGUCGCGAGGAAGGACGACGCGGCCUGUACUGCGGUAUGGGCACACACUUACUGCGCGUGGUCCCGAAUACCGCGCUCAUGUUCCUCGCAUAUGAACUAGUGUCCCGUUGGAUAGAGAAGUAUUAUGCACAGCGUGAUGAAGAGCGCACACAAAAGGCUGCCCGGAUCUCGACUUCGUGA